UUAAUCUCCAGGCACAGAACGGCCAAUAUUUUUUUCUUCCCUUCACAAUUCAUAUUUUUGGUCUUUAAUUACUAGUAGUAUUACCCUUAUCCAACAACACAAGAGGUUCAUUCGUUCGUUAGUGUGUGUGCGUCAACAAGAAUGUUGUCCCUCGCGGCUCAGGCCGCCAUGCGCGCGUCCGUACAGUUGAGGGGAUCUGGCGCCCACCGAGUGCGAGUGGUUGAUAUGUACUCCAGCAGACACCGAUUAGCUGUAAGAAGGCGGGAACUGCGCAGGCAACGCCAGCUGGAUCAGGUGGAUAAGGAGGACGAUGGGGGCGAGUAUGCAAUUCCACUGCCCGCGUGGCCUAUCAAGCAGCUUCUCUCGGAGUGUAAUGCCCCCGUGCUAGGGGAGAGGAGAUUAGGCAAGCGCUGUGAGCCCUUCAGGUCUGUCUCUCUCGCUCCUGGCAAAGGGCCGACUUACGACGAAGAGGUUGCGCGCAACGCUAUGGCCGAUGCUGUGGCAGCUGCAAGAGAGGCAGAGCAGAGGAGACGGGCGAAGAAAGAGAGACAACUCAUGCUGGAGGCAAAUUUCAAGAAGAGAUUUGAGGAAAGGAGGAGGCAGUCUUUGAAGCGAGGAUGCGAGUCAGCAGCCAAGAGAAUGAAGGAGAAUGUGGCCCCGGAAUACCCUCCAUCCAAGCCAGCUGGUCUUUAUCCAAGCCCAAUGUUGACAAAUCUUCGACGAAAGUGCAGACGAUGGCGACCUGAUGAGUGGUGUUCUGAUCGCGAUCGCGGCCCUGGAAAGUCGUCGGUCGCGACCGACGACGGCGCUGUGAGGAGAAAGAGAAGGAUGGUUAAUUCCGGAAAUGGUAAUGGUGACACGUGUAAGAAUCUUCUCGACGUCCGAUUUGUUAAUCAAGAGGGUAAAUAUAAGGUUAAUAAUGAUUAUUAUUAUAAUUAUCCUGAGCUGAUGCAGCGGCAGCCAAACGUGUUGAUGUCAACAAUAUCGCCACGGCCAUCGAGGAGAAAAGUGGUCGGUUUUUCGGGGCUUCCUCCUCCUCAUCAUAAUGAUUGGCAAGACGUUAGCGAUCCCGAUCCCGAUCCCCAUCGGAUUCGACGACAGCCUAGCACCAGUUUAAGCGUUGACGGCCUGCAUGGCCCUGGUCGUCUUCAAAGCCGGAUUCAUUGCCACGGCCCUGUGGACGGCCGCCGCAGCCAUAGCCAUUCUUCCAUAGCCGGGCUUCUGAUGGUUCCUCCUCCUCCGACGACGACGACGAAUCGUCGUCUUCUCUCUCAUGCUCCUCAUUCAUCUAUGGUGCCUUGCGAUUUGCAUGGCAAGCAUCCGGAGUUCGAUCGGUACAGAAUAGCAGGAGAGUUGAGGGCGUCGGGAUGUGCCCGUCGGUGUGAGCCCGCCACGUCGUCCAUGCCACCUGGACACACAUGCAGACCACAUUCAUUCGCGUGUCCUGAACAUGGGAGAGCUCAGGAGCAUCAACUGCUGCCACGUGUCACAAGGAAGAACAUUGACGACCCUCCGGGAUUUCAUGACGCCAGAGAUCUCGAUCCCGAUCCCGAUCAGUGGCUCUGGAGAUUGCGAAGUGCAGAUUCCGAAGGGAUGGACGAAAGAGGAAAGUACGGCAGGAGAGUAGUGGCAGCCUGUGAUGCGUCGGGACCCUCUGGCAAACUGCGGCAAUUUGAAAACGACCCCGAGUAUCAGCGAAUGCGAGAGAGAAUGGACAUGGCUAGGGACAAAGCAGUGGAAAUGCGGAUGAAGCUGGUGAGCGGUCCGGGGGGAGAAAGUUGCGUGCUUGCGACAUCCGCCGCAGAGGUACCUGUGCAGUAUGGCCUCGCACGGAUUUCCGCCGAUAAUUUCAAGCUAUCGCAUGAUCGAAUGCCCUGGAUAAAGCAGGAAGAAGACUUGGCUGCGUGGGGGUUGCAUGAGCCAAAGCUGGGGGGGGCUGCAUCACCAGAACGCGCAAGAAACGCCUCCAAGAGACAUGCAGCGGUUCACAACCCCUGCGCUGGCGAAAGGCCCCCAAGAGAAAUGCAAGUCUUUGGGGUAAUUGAGGGGGGCGAUGGAGCAACGAGGGGUCAAAUGCAAAUGGGUAGACACAGUCCCUCUGUGGGGGAGAAGCCGGUAUGGGCAACUUGUGAGGGAAGGGAGGUAAUCAUCACCACGAAGGCAUCCAAUCUGGAGAGCAGCGAAGAAGGCCGCGAAACACAAAACGAAGGAAGAGAGAAUGGAGAAGCAGAGGAAGUAGCUCAGGCGGAGAGCGGCAGCGGAGGUGCUGCUGCAUUGGAUGGAAAGCAAACGAAUGAAGCAUUGCGGUUGGUGGGGGGUGGGGAAGAAGGUUGUGUUGCAGAGAGACGGGGAUCGGCAGGAGUAAAGCAAAUGCCGAUCCCGAUCCCGACUGGCAAAGAUGAUGCUGGAGAUAAUAGACUGAUGGGCGGCAGGACCGAUCAUGGAGAAGGAGUGGAGGCGGCGAAUCUGAUAGAGAUUCAUCCAGGAGGAGGACAAGAGGGGAACAGCACAAAGUGCUACAGAACAGGUGAUUUCUCAGGUGCGGCGGUUGCUGCUGAAUCGCUCAUGCCAUUGGAUCGACGAAGACAAGGAGGGGAGGGCGAUGAUGACAUGGGUCGGCGACAAGGAGGAGAGGGCGAUGAUGACAUGGGCUGGCGGCAAGGAGGAGAGGGCAAUGCUGACAUGGAUCGAAGGCAAGGAGGAGAGUGCGAUGAUGACGUGGAUCGAAGGCAAGGAGGGGAGGGUGAUGAUGACGUGGUUCAUCGUGAUGACAUGGUGGCGAUGUUGCGAUCCAAGGACGAAGAUGAAGGGAACAACACUGCCUCAUCCCUUCAUAGUCAUGUCGCCGCAUCACGGUCGCGGUCGCGGCCGUGCUCACGAUCGCGAUCUAUGGAGAGAACCCCAGGUGGUGGAGUAUGCGAUGCACACGAGUCGAGGAGGAGGGAGGAGUUUGCAGCAGCACAGAAGAGAAAGGAGGACUCAAGCAAGGGAAUGACUGAGAUUUGGGCAUGGGAGAAUGUCCCAUCUCUUGACGAAUACAUCGCACGAGGCCAGGGCUGCUACUAUGCAGGAGAUAUUCGAAAGUUGGCGAUGGAUGCCGAGAGGACUCAGGCGAGAGAAUGGGGCAAGAAGUACCAUAAACGGGCGCUUGCUAAAGCGAGAGAAGAGGAGGCAUUCGCCUUAUUGCUGAUGGAAUGGAAGAGCUCGGUGGAGGAGGAGGAGGAGCUCACAAAUGCAAGACUGCAGCAUGACCGCGACGAGGCUGAAAGACUGGCAAGGGAGCUGAGACAGAAAUGUGUGGAGGUCAACCGUCAGCUGACGCGAAAACGAUAUGCCGAAGCACUUCGUUUCCAGUCGCGGGAGAGAGUGAAGAGCCAGCAAGCGGCUCAGCAAGCGGCUCUGGAAGCGGCUCAGCAAGCGCCUUUGUGCUCUUCUUCACAACAUUUCAGCGGGGGGUGCUGCUGUCAACGAGGACGACGAGAGUGCGGUUGUUCGGUUGCUGCUAGGAGGGAGCCAGUGGAGGAGUCAGUGCAGCGGGGAAAAGAACCUGCAGCGGCACAGGCGACGGGAGAAGAUGGUGCUUCCACCACAAGGAUGGCUUCAAUGCGGCAAACGACCAUCAAGAGAUGGGUCGAUAACGAGGCGCAAAAGAAGUUGGAUGUCGCGUGGGCGAAGGCAAUGUUCAGAGCCGGAAUUGCAUUCCAAUUCCUGGAGUUCGACACCACGCAGCAGCUGCACAGCGUGUACCUCGAGGUGGCGAACGCCAGACCACAGGUGAAGUUGCCGUCUUCGAAGCACAUUCGGACUGUCAUGCUGGAGUUCAUUUUCAUGCGCAUUCAAAAGCAAGUGGAGCCUUUGACAAAAUGUUGGGAUGUCACCGGGUGCACUUUCAUCACGGACGGGUCUAACGAUUGGAGGGAGCGGCCUGUCAUGAACUUCUUAGCGGCGGGGGAGCAGGGAGCUGUUCUGGUGGCGACGGUGUACAUGGACGGCAAGAAGAAGACGGGAGCGGCGUUGGCGAAACUGUGGGAGAAAAUAAUAAGGGAGAUUGGGCUGCAUCGCAUCAACGCGAUAUGCACUGACAACGCGGAGGUGAACAAGAGAGCAACUCAAAUUUUGGAACAGCGCACGGACCCUGCGGUUGCAAGGAUACCUUGGGUUCCCUGCGCUGCACAUUGCUGCAGCUUGCUGCUAAGGGACAUCAGCAAGUUGGACUGGGUGAAGGGCACGGUGAAGCGGGGCCACACCAUCGUCAAAUUCAUCAGGAAUCACCACAUGACUAACAGUUUCAUGAUGAGUUUGGACUCAUCAUUGAUGCUGUUGCGACCGACCGAGGUCCGUUUCGGGUCGGUGUACCGGAUGCUGGAGCGGAUACACAACCGGAGCGCAGUUUUGAAGGACAUGGCGGACGCGACGAAUGUGGGGAAAUGGAAGGCGAUGCGGUGGUCGAGCGCGAAGCUCCAAGCGAAAGCGGAUCUCGUGUACUUCACACUGCGGAGGGAUGGUUGGUGGACGGAGCUAAGGAAGGUGGUGGAGAUAAUGGCGGUUGUAUCUCCUACUGCGGAGGAUGGACAAGGACGGGACAGCACCGUCAAACCUUGUGGAGUAUGACCGACUCAUGGAGAGGAUGCUGGCGGAGGUUGUGCUGACACCGGAGCAGCGAAGUUCGGUGCUCAGCCUG